CGCACCUUUGACUAUACGACUGGACAUUGUCGAGUUCGCAAUGUCGGAUACAACGGCGGUAGGGAUGGCGGGUGUCAAACGAUCUCGACUAUUCUUCAUCUGCACUCCCAGGUCUGGUUCGACGUCACUCCUGAAAUGUUUUAGCUUCAUCGACGGGCUCGAGGCUUGGUUCGAGCCGUACAUCAUCGCCAAGAUCGCCAUCCACGAGUAUAAGGCACACACUGGGAAGGACCUGCCGACAGAUUGGAAUGAAGAACACCGUGCAGAGUUCGACAAAGCUGCUCAGCUUAUUCAUAAUAUGAACAAAUUACCUCUGGUAGAAGGAAAGAAUUUCGCGUUUUCGGAAGUCAAACGAUCCAUUGACAAUCUUGAUAGCCCCCAGGUCGCCGUGAAGGACAUGGGCAGCUCAUUCUGUGGUCCUCGAAAGCGGUACCUCCCUUCUCGUGACAGCGGCUUCAAGUAUGUCUUUAUUAUCCGCGACCCUCAGCUCGCUAUGUCGUCUUACAGAAGAGCCUCCCUGCAGACCUCCCUCACCAUGCCCGGGUACACCACUGGCAAACCAGAAGAGGAAUUUGAUCUCCGAGUAGAUGAUCCAUAUUACUACUCAUCGGGAGGCCACUACUACAACUUACACGCGGCGUGGAAGCACGUGCGAGAGAACCUGGACCCAGAUCCCUUGAUUGUAGACUGCGAGGACUUCAUGGCCAACCCGAAGCCAUUUCUGCAGAAGAUUUGCCAGGUUGGAGGGCUGGAGUUCCACGAUGGCCUUUUAAAGUGGGAUGCAUCUACCGAUAUCAUCAAGACUUGGAAGAAUCCUGGAGGGGUACCCAAGAUGCUGGCAAAUAGUCUUGGGUAUUUCCAUCAAACGGCUAUCAAUAGCUCUUGCUUUCAUUUCAGUAAGAAGGAGAAGCCACCGCUUUCCUCUGCGACUAAAGACGUACAGAGAGCAGUUGCAGACGGGACAGAGUAUUAUGAUGAGAUGUAUGAGCUUCGAUAUAAGCCGUGAUUAAACUUUACAGUAAUGUCACUCUAAAUCUCAGAUCGUGUCGAGAAAAAUGGGCUUUGUGUAAAGGACCGAAUAGUGCUUGUAUUUCUUUUUACUUUUGAACAAAUCUAGAGAACUUUCAUCAUUAUAGCUUGUACUUUGUAGA